UACAGUACUUGUUCUGAUACCGCUAUUACUGAAUACUUAUUGUCUUAUUGACUGUAGCCUAAACUUACAGACCUAAAGUAAGUGAAGUGCGAACACGGAACACCGAUUUAAAUCUAUAAUAUAUAAUUAAGAAAACAUUAACAGUUAUAAUCAUACUUUAGUCCUGACUGUAUGUUUUUAUAUAACCAUUAUUACAAAUAUUAAUUUAAACGUAUCAAACUGUGAAAAAAUACUUUUCAAUAAGUGUAAGUACGUAAUUAAGAAAAAAUCUUGGAUCAGCAUGGACGGGUCAAAGCUUUCGCAAGAAGAACUCGUAGACAAAUUAAAACAGCAAGUAGCUAUGGAAAAUAUUGAAUUAUUAUUAACCAAAAUGAGUCGGUUGUGUUUCAACAAAUGCGUAACAAAACCGGCCAAUUCACUUGAUAGUUCUGAACAAAAAUGUGUGACAAUGUGUAUGGAUCGUUACAUGGAAACAGUAAGUCUCGUAUCAAAAUCAUUUGGUGAACGAAUAAUGUCAGAAUCACAAAAUAUGCAUUAAAUCAAUAUUGAUGUUGUAAAUUUAUUAAUGUAGUUUUUCUAUUUAAUGUUUUUCCACAUUGUGAAUAAUUUGUAAUUACAUUAAAAUAUAAACAAAAUAUAUGGCUAUAUAUUAGAAAAAUUUCACAAA